UGCUGCUGUUUUCGCUCCGUCUCCGGCUGAGGCUCCUGCCUGGGGAUGGUUUACCUGGAGACAGGCUGGUCAUCGCCAGGGCGCUUUCUCAUUGGCCGAGCUGGCAGGGACUUUCCUGCUCCGCCAAAGCCGCCCCCUGGCCGCCCCCGCCCCACAGCCACUUGGAGGGCGAGCAUCCAGGAGGAAGGGGCAAGGGACACUUGAGUCGCCCCUCGCCCGCCUCGGCCCAGGAAGAGCUGCAGAGAUGGACCCCAGAGGAGGAAGAGGAGGAGGAGGAGGAAGAAGAGCCCUUUGCUGCCUCUGGGCGACCCUCCUCCUCGCCCCGCCAAGGGGGGCCGGAGCCCUGAAAGUGGAGGAUACCCUGGUGGAGCUGGACUUCUUCCAGGAGAGCUUCCCUUCGGAGAAGAAGUCCGGGGAGUUCCUGCUGGAGUUUGACAACGAGGAGAUCCUGCACGUGGACUGGGAGAAGAAGCAGAACGUCUGGAGGCUGCCGGACUUCCAGCGCUUCACCAGCUUCGAGGUGCAGGGCGCCCUGGCCAACAUCGCCGUCAUGAAGAACAACAUGGAGGUGCUCAUGAAGCGAAGCAACCGCACCCGUGCCCUGAACGUUGCUCCUUCGGCCACUGUGUACCCGGAAAAUGCCGUGGAACUGGGGGACCCCAACAUCCUCAUCUGCUUUGUGGACAGGUUCUCCCCCCCAGUGCUGAACGUCACCUGGCUGAAGAACAACGAGGUGGUCUCCGAGGGCGUGGAGGAGACAGACUUCUACCCCAGCGUGGACAACACUUUCCGCAAGUUCUCCUACCUCCCCUUCGUCCCUGAGCAGGGAGACAUCUACGUCUGCCAGGUGGAGCACUGGGGCAUCCCAGAGGGAAAGAUGGAGAAGAUCUGGGUUUCCAAGGCGCCCUCUCCCAUCCCGGAGACGAUGGAGAACGUGCUGUGUGCCCUGGGCUUGGCCUUUGGCAUCCUGGGCAUCAUCGCUGGCACCAUCCUUUUCUUCAAGGCCAUGAGGAUGAACGAUCGCAGGGGCUUCAUAUAAUGGGGGAUUCCUUUCCUGACAGCCUCUUCCUCUCAGCUCAGCUCCUUUGCCAAGAGUCUCUUCUGCUACAAAUCAGCUGGAAGGAGUUGCUUCCUCCGUGUGCAUAUUAUCCUUAGAAGCUUUUUGGAUAAUAUGUUUAACUUUCAAGAACAAUUAUGAUAGCCAAAGAUGCUUAGGCAGACUUACAUUACUUUUCUCCCUUUUAUGUUUCCCUCUUUACAAAGAAAUUGCUCUGACUGUUUAAGUAAAUAGGAAAAGUAUAUGGUUUACUCACAUUAAA